AGAGAUGGUGAAAAAGAUCACAAGGUUCGUAUGGCUGUUGGCAAUGGUGUUCGUAGUGAUGUAUGGAAGGAAUUCAUUGCAAGAUUUGGUAACAUCAAGAUGUGUGAACUGUAUGGAGCUACUGAAGGAAACAUUUGUUUCAUGAACCAUACUGGAAAAAUUGGAUCUGUUGGGCGCACUAAUUUCUUUUAUAAGCUUGCGUUUCCUUUUGAACUAAUAAAAUACGACAUUCAGAAAGAUGAACCAAUAAAAAAUAAAUAUGGCUGGUGUGAAAGAGUCAAGAAAGGUGAAACUGGACUGCUCAUAUCCAAAGUGAACCAUGCCAACCCUUUCUUUGGUUAUGCUGGAAAUAAAAAACACACAACAAAGAAGUUACUGUGUGACGUCUUCAAAAAAGGAGAUGUUUAUUUCAAUACCGGAGACUUGAUUGUGCAGGAUCAUGAUAAUUUUCUAUACUUCCGCGACAGAAUCGGAGAUACUUUCAGGUGGAAAGGAGAAAAUGUUGCUACUACUGAGGUCGCUGAUAUUAUUGGGAUACUGGACUUCAUACAGGAAGCUAAUGUCUAUGGAGUGAGUGUUCCAGGACAUGAAGGCAAAGUGGGCAUGGCAUCGAUUAUUCUAAAGCCUGGUCAGUCUUUAGAUUUAAAAAGUAUCUAUGAACACUGUAUAGCUUAUCUACCUGGAUAUGCUUUUCCACGAUUUCUAAGGCUUCAGGAAAACAUGGAAGUAACUAGUACAUUUAAACAACAGAAAUUCCGUCUUGUGGAACAAGGAUUCGACCCAUCACUAAUAUCAGAUCCACUUUAUUUCUUGGACGAUUCUAAAAAAUUAUAUGUGCCAAUGACCAAAGACAUUUAUGACAAAAUCACCAGUGGUCUGCUAAAACUCUAAUCUUUUUUUUUUUUUAUGCUCGGGUAUACAUAUCAUUUCCUCUGGAUGAAAAUACUGAAACUGUGAUGUUUUAACCACUGUUGUUACAGGUUUAUUAUACAA